AUGGGAGACAGCGACAUGUCUUGUGCGAUCAAGAUGAAAUUUGAUGAGUCCAGCAAUGAGUGGGUGACACAGAUCGACUCAGUGCCAGCCAACACUCAGUACAGAUAUUUUGCUGCGGACCCGAACCAUGUUGAGAGUAGCGCUCGGCACAUGACGAGCUACUGGUACCUGGUCCGCGUUCCGGAUGCUAGCCAGAAGGAGGUGGUAUCGGACGACUGUACUCAGCUCAUCCGGUUUCAAGUCUACAAGGGGGCCCAGGAUGUCCGAGUUUGCGGCUCGAUCAAGGAGUUGGGGCACUGGAAAGCGGACCAGGCACUUCGUCUUGAUAAGAAGGGAGACACAAAAUGGGAGGCAGUGGUUCCCAUACCCUCCGAGUCUCUUUUCGACUUUCAAUACAAGUAUGUCGCAGACGGUGUCUUUGAAGAUGGCGGCAACAGAAUCUCUGAUGUUUCCGACGUGGAGCCUCAGCCUGAAGGAAACCGUUGUGUCUCGAACCUGCAAGCUGUCUUCAACGGCCUGCUGGUCAGAUUUCUGAUCUUUCAUCCAAUCGGUGUGAACGAGAGAAUGGUCAUCACCGGAGGACAUCCCGCUUUCGGAAACUGGAACCCGGUGAACCAAUGGUGUCGUAUGGGUCUAGGGAACGAGCGGACGCUGCUGACGGGUGUCCGAGGGAGAUGCUGGGAAGCGACGUUUCCUGCUCCUCCAGAGGAUUACCGAGAAGUUGAGUACAGGUACGUCAUCCUCAAUGAAGAGCAGAACCAGGCAGUGUGGGAGAGCGAGCCGAAUCGCCGAAUUUCCUUCUUUCCGGGUGCCGUCUCUCAGAGCGGCAAGAACGGGGGAUUUCGACGUCGAGAAUUCACACAGUUCGACGGGAACUUCGUUGCAAAGGAGCUUCUCUUCGACUUCAUCCCUCCCUGCUUGUUCAUUGGUCCGUACCCACAAUGUAAAGAUGACGUCGAGCGCAUGAAGGCAGCGGGGGUGACGGGAGUUGUCAACGUUCAGACACAGAAAGACAUCAUGCAGCGGAUGGUAAAUAUGGACUUGAUGCGAGGCUUGUACCAUGAACAAGGCAUUGAGUUUCGACAUGUUCCUAUCGAAGACUUCAAUGGCCAAGACUUGGCAGAACGUGUCAAGUUUGCUGCCAAGGCCACACAUGAGCUUGUCGAGCUUGCAAAGUCGAGGGGGCAGGAGCCUCGGGUCUACAUCCACUGCACGGCCGGGAUGGGACGAGCACCAGCGACAGCUUGCGUCUACCUAGUAUGGAAGCACGGCCAUGACCUCGACUCGGCAAGAGCGCAUGUCAAGAAGCAUCGCCCCAUCGUCGCUCCUAACUACAACGCCAUGAAGCUUGCCUUGCAGCGUGGACUUGACUGA